AUGAACGUGCCACCUCCACCUUAUAUUGAAACACCAGCAACUUCUUUAACACAGUCGACAUCAUUAAAUGUCCCACCUAUUACACAAACUUUCUACACAGAUUCAGAAGGAGAUCGACAUUGCUUAACUUGUAAUCAAUUAAUACAAGCCCCUUGUGAUAGGUGUACUACCUGGUUUUUUGCUAGUUUUUGCGCCUUUUUAACUCUGUUUUUGUAA